AUGCCCUCUGCGACCCCAGAUAGCCCCGCUUCGAAACAGAUGUCACGAGAUAUCUUCAAAGCUGCAGCCAGACCAGAAAUUUCCAGCUCUUCAAUUGACGACCAGGACAAGCGUAACAUAGAGGAGCGGGGAAGUUCAGUGGAAGCAGAGGAUCUGCGGGCUCGAGCAAAGUUAGCGGAGGAGAUACUCCGAGAUCGAGACGAUGAGAUCUACUACCUGAACGAGGAGGUCCUUCAACUACAGAACGAGAACGAAGAUAUGGAAGAGAAGCUGGACAGAUACAAAGAGCUCUUCGGACCACUGCCGCCCACAGCUGAAGCCAUUCAAGCCAUGGAGACGAGCAGAGAUCGAGUGAUGCGCCAAUUCUUUGGCAGACGGGGAGCCGAGGAGAUGAAAAAGGAUCAACAAGCACCAGUAUCUCCUCGAAAGGCAAAAAAGAUCAAUGAAGCCAAUUUUACCACCGCAAAACCAGGUCCAGCUACGGUUGAAGGCUGCUCGACCAGCACGAGGGCCUCUCACGGAAUUGGAGGAUUCAUGGAGAAGGGGGCGGGUGUGAAGAGAGUCAAGGGAGAGCCAGAUGAGGAGCGACCAGCAAAGAGAGGAAGGAGGCGACCAAGAAAAUUCAGAGCAGUGGAGAAAGUCACAAACGCAUUAAGGUCUGAGCGGACAGCCGUAGGGGAGAAUGGCAAUCCGAAGACGACGGUUGUCAUUACGGUCGACUCAGACAGCGAGUGA